AUGGGCAAGCCAAAAACACUUGAUUUGUUCUUUAAGAAAAAAGAUGAGAGUCACUCAAAAGUCAAUACUGAUACACCUCUAGCAACAGAAAUUGAAGCUUUAGUGACCAAUGAGCGUCCCUCCAAAUGUCCAAGAAUUCAACCUGGAGAAAUGGAUGCUACUACUUUUCAACGUGAUCCAGGAUUAUGUCCACAAAUAUGGGAAUUUCCCGUAGACUUACAAGAUGAAAUGCGAAGUGCUUAUAUUAACACCGGUCCAUGUCAACCCAUACUUCCGGAAUAUCCAUUUUCAGGAGAGGGUAAUAAUCGUCGCCGAUUUCAAGCUUCUUGGUUCAACACAUACUCAACUUGGUUGGAGUACUCGAAGUCAAAGGAUGCCAUAUUUUGUCUUCAAUGCUAUGUUUUUGCUAAGAAAUCAACAGGCCGUCCAGGAUUAGAUGCAUUUAUUGUGAAAGGCUUUAACAAUUGGAAAAAGUCACGGCACAUUGACAAGUUAGUUGAAAAACAAACAUUACAAGAAACAGAAAAUAAUCGGUUGCGGCUCAAAACCUCGGUAGAUAGUGUUCAAUGGCUAGCAUUCCAAGCAUGUGCCUUUAGAGGUCAUGAUGAAAGGUCUGACUCAAAAAAUCAAGGUAACUUCAUUGAAUUGAUAAAGCUCCUAGCAACUUAUAAUGAUGAUGUUUCUGGACUUGUCUUGGAAAAUGCUCCAAAGAAUGCGAAAUAUACAUCACCCAAAAUUCAAAAGGAAAUUCUGCAUAUCAUUGCAAAUAAAGUGCGGGAUGUGAUUCGAAAAGAAAUUGGGGAUGCCAAAUUUUGCAUUCUCAUUGCUGAAGCUCGGGAUGAGUCAAAAAGGGAGCAAAUGGCUAUUAUUCUGAGGUUUGUUGAUAAAGAUGGUUUUAUAAGAGAGCGAUUCUUUCAUGUCGUGCAUGUUAAUGAUACUAUUGCAUUAACUUUGAAAAAGAAUAUAUGUGCUGUUCUUUCUCGUUACAACCUUCAAAUUGAGAUUAUUCGAGGUCAAGGAUAUGAUGGAGGUAGUAAUAUGCGUGGUGAAUGGAAUGGGUUACAAGCUUUAUUUUUGAGGGAUUGUCCCUAUGCAUAUUAUAUGCAUUAUAAACUACAAUUAGCUUUAGUUGCAGCAUCUAGAGAAGCCAAGCAUAUUCAUCAGUUCUUUAUUCAGUUGGCUUCUAUUAUCAAUAUUGUUGGUGGUUCUUCUAAACAUCAUGAUGAAUUACAAUCUGCUCAAGCUACUGAAAUUGAAAGUUUGAUUGUUUCUAAUAAAAUUGAGACUGGAAAGGGUGCAAACCAAAUUGUUAUCAACAAUAUCUCCAAGGAGGGAGCUAAUUAUUCUCAACGUGGUGAUGCUGAAGCGGCUUACAUGGUAUUAACAUCAUUUGAAUUUGUUUUCAUAUUGCAUUUGAUGAAUGAUAUUAUGGGACUCACUAAUAUGUUGUGUCAAACUUUGCAACAAAAAUCUAUAGACAUUUUAAAUGCCGCGAGUCAAGUUUCAACUACACAAUUACUCAUUCAACAGAGGAGAGAAGAUGGGUGGGAGCCUUUGCUUGCUACUGUUAAAUCAUUUUGUGAAGAAAAUGAUAUUGAUAUUCCUGAUAUGAAUGCUCAUUACAGUAGAGCUCGAGGUCGAUCUCAUCAUCAAGAUGAAGGGUCUUUGACAACAGUUGAGCAUCAUUUUAGAGUUGAUAUAUUUACUGCUGCAAUAGACUUUCAAUUACAAGAAUUGAAAAAUAGAUUUGGUGAGCAGGCUGUAGAACUCCUCACUCUUAGCGUUGCUUUAAGCCCGAAAGAUGCAUACAAAUCAUUUAAGAUUGAUGAUAUAUGCAAAUUAGCUAAGAAGUUUUAUCCUAAAGAUUUCAACAAGCAAGAAAGAUUUUGUUUAAAAUUUCAAUUGGAGCAUUAUAAGCUUGAUGUGCCAAAGCAUUCAGAUUUUCAAAAUAUGUCUACAUUAUCUGAGUUAUGCAGAGGAUUGGCACAUUCGGAAAAGUCAAAGAUCUAUCCUUUGAUUAACAAGUUGAUUCGCCUAGUGUUGACUCUCCUUGUUUCUACUUCGACUACAGAACGAGCUUUUUCUGCCAUGAAACUUAUAAAAACUAGAUUGCGUAGUAGAAUGGAAGAUGAGUUUCUUGCAGGCCAUAUGGUAGUUUAUAUUGAAAAAGAAAUUGCUAAGAAUUUCACUUCAGAAAUGAUAAUGGAUGAAUUUUAUUCCAUCAGCAAUCGUCGUCGAGCAUAA